AUGUCAGCUACCGACAAACAAGCCUUGCCGUUUACUGAACAGCACUAUUUCUCCUCUUAUGAUCAUUUUGGAAUUCACGAGGAGAUGUUGAAGGACACUUCCAGAACCUUGUCCUACAGAUCUGCCAUGUAUAAAAACAAGCAUUUGUUCAAGGACAAGGUUGUCUUGGACGUUGGUUGUGGAACGGGAAUCUUGUCCAUGUUUGCUUCCAAUGCCGGUGCCAAGCAUGUCUACUCUGUCGACAUGUCGAACAUCAUUGGAAAGGCCAAAGAGAUCAUCUCAUUGAACGGUUUUGAGGACAAGAUAACCUUGUUGCAGGGUAAAUUGGAAGAUAUUGAGUUGCCUGUUGACCAUGUCGAUAUCAUUGUCUCUGAAUGGAUGGGCUACUUCCUCUUGUACGAGUCCAUGUUGGACACUGUGCUUUAUGCUAGAGACAAGUACUUGGUCGAGGGUGGCUUGAUCCUCCCAGACAAGUGUUCAAUGUACAUUGCCGGUAUCGAGGAUGGCCAGUACAAGGAUGACAAGAUUCACUACUGGGAAGAUGUCUACGGUUUUGACUACUCUCCAUUCAUCAAGGUUGCCAUGGCCGAGCCUUUGGUUGAUACCGUUAACAACAAUUCAUUGAUCACUACACCUCAUAAAUUCUUCGAAUUUGACAUUAACACUGUCACCAAGGAGCAAUUGUCUUUCCACAGACUGUUCUCUCUCAGUGCCAUCGAUAGCGACUUGUGUCAUGCCUACAUUGUGUGGUUCGACUGUGACUUCCCAGGAGACGAGAAGGUGACCUUGUACACUGGUCCUAUGAAAGCCUACACUCAUUGGAAACAGACUGUUUUCUACAUGGAUCAGGUCCUUGACUUGCGUAAAGGCGACAAAAUUAAGGGUCUGAUUGCCUCGAGACCAAACGCUUCUAACCCGCGUGAGGUGGAUAUUGAGAUCCAGUGGAAGGUGGACACUGUCUCCAAGGAUAAGUCCCGUGAGCAGGAAGGAAAGUACAACUACUUCAUGCGUUAA